AUGUACGGCCUCAAGCAACUCACAGUCCUGAGCUUGAUGCUCCUCUCCGUUACGGCCAAGGCAGCUGCAAAGAGGACUAUGGUUGGCAUCGAGACUGAGAAGGGCAGCUACGGCAAGGAUGUGGAAUUAGAUGACUGUGUCGAGCUCGACGAGGAUAAGGUGUUUACAAUUUCCAUUAAAAAACACUGUCGGGUAUUCACUGGCCUCCUAUGCACCGGUCGAAACACCCUCCUCAGCCCUGGCGACCACUCUAACGAAGAACCUGUCCCUAUCACAUCUAUCUACUGUCAUGCAAAGGCUCCUUUCUAG